GCACGCAAAGUGAGGUAUAAAAGGAUGACAGCUGGGCUGAUGACCAUCAAGGCUGUGCGUUCCUGAGUCAAAGAUGCAUGCUCCUAAUUUGGAUCCAUCCCUCUGAAGGAGUCUGAGCUGAUCCCAUCCUCCAUCACAGUUCCAUCUCUGAUUCUACUGCCCUGCCAUUUUCUAUUCUUUCCCUGUCCCUGUCCAUCUGCAUGCCUUCCAGAUAGGGAGUGAGGCAAAAGACCAUAUAUUCCUGCUGUUUAUUUAUUCCAGGACUAUAUGCUGCAGGAGGAAAACGGUCAAGGCGACCCAGAAAAGAUGGGCCCCAGUUCAAAUCCUGCAGCUAGUGGAGGGGCAGAGCGUUCAAAAGGCCCAGGGUUGAAGAGGGCCUCAUCUCAGUCUUUACAUCCUUCUUUGAAUAAGAUGAGCCAAAAUGCCAAGGAGAGCAUGGGGGUUCUUGGUCAGGGCUUGAAACAACUAUUCCAACACCAGCGCAAACGCCUCUCCCUCUCUCGCUCCACCAUUCCAUCAUCCUCCUCCUCUUCAUCCUCCUCGGUGUUAUCAGCAGGCGGCACCUCCCCUCCUGCUCCUCAGGACAGUUUGGGGUCCAGCACCUCUGAGUCUGAUCGUCUGUCUGCUCCUGUGAUUUCUUCUGCAGCUGGACAGGGCUCAGCCGCUGCAGGCAUGAUAAGGCGUGGGACCAGCCUGCAGAGCCGGCGCAGCAAGGGGUCCGGGUCUGGGAGCGGAGAUCGGGACCCCCUUCUGAGAAGCAGCCCUCAGCCUCCUCAGCGGCGCAACACCCAUGACCCUCAGCAGCACAUUAGCCGGCCACGCUCCUCGUCCACCACUGACACCACGCCCAGCAGCCCUGCUCCUGCACAAACCGUCGGGGAUGUUGUGCUAUCGUCUGGGUACCAGUCCACAGAGGAGACAGACAGAAUUGACCGGCUGGAGGUGAGCGGGUUGGGCCAAACACCCCUCGCUGUUUCGUACGGGGCGGACAGCUCCUUCCCUUCCAGUGAGGAUGGCACCCCUGACCCUCAGCGCACCAAGCAGGCAAUCGCUCAGCUGCAGCAGAAGAUCCUCAAGCUCACAGAGCAGAUUAAGAUUGAGCAGACAGCAAGGGACGACAACGUAGCAGAAUACCUCAAGCUCGCCAACAAUGCUGACAAACAGCAAAGCACACGUAUCAAACAGGUGUUUGAGAAAAAGAACCAGAAGUCGGCGCAGACCAUCCAGCAGCUGCAGAGGAAGCUGGAGCACUACCAUCGGAAGCUGAGGGAAGUAGAGCACAACGGAAUCCCACGCCAGCCCAAGGAUGUUUUGCGGGACAUGCAGCAGGGCCUGAAGGAUGUCGGUGCCAAAGUGAGCGGCUUUAGCGAGGGUGUUGUGGACAGCGUGAAGGGGGGCCUAUCCAGCUUCUCCCAGGCUACCCACUCCGCUGCAGGCGCGGUCGUCUCCAAGCCACGGGAGAUUGCCUCGCUCAUUCGCAACAAAUUCGGCAGUGCAGACAACAUCCCUAACCUCAAAGACUCGCUAGAUGACCCCUCAGUGGAAGAGGGUGUGACAGGAGGAGGCGGACGAUCCCUGACUAAUGCUGGACAUCAGUUCCAGUUGAGUCCCAAAUACAUUAGUGACGACGACUGCUCUAGUGCUACAUCGGGUUCAGCCGGGGCUAACAGCACCACCGGGGCUCCUGGGGGCCCUCCAAGCUCCAAGGGCAACACACUGGAGAGAAGCCAGGGCUCCAGUUUAGACAUGCUGCUACAGGAGAUGCAGGACUUAAGGGAGGGUCAGACGAGGCUCGAGGAGAGCCUGGAAACUUUGAGGAGCAACUAUCAGAGAGACUAUACAGUCAUUAUGGAGGCGCUGCAGGAGGAACGCUACAGGUGUGAGCGUUUGGAGGAACAGUUGAACGACCUGACAGAGCUCCAUCAGAAUGAGAUCCUCAACCUCAAACAGGAGCUGGUCAGCAUGGAGGAGAAGAUCGCUUACCAGUCCUAUGAGAGAGCUCGAGACAUCCAGGAGGCUCUGGAAGCGUGUCAGACCAGGAUCUCCAAGAUGGAGCUCCAGCAGCAGCAUCAGCAGGUUGUCCAGUUGGAGGGGCUGGAAAAUGCCACAGCCCGGACCCUCCUGGGAAAACUUAUCAAUGUCCUGCUGGCCCUUAUGGCCGUCCUUCUGGUAUUUGUCUCAACUGUGGCCAACUGCGUGGUCCCGCUGAUGAGGACGCGCUCGCGCUCCAUCUCCACCAUUCUCGUCGUUCUCCUGCUGGCCUUCCUGUGGAGAAACUGGGACGCUCUGUCGGGCUACACGCACCGUGCACUGAAGCCCCCCGGAUGACUAGAUGGGCAAAUCGCUUUGGUCUCACCCGAUGAUAAAACUGUCAUUGCAGUCACGCAAGAGUUUCAGAGAAUGUGAUUACAUUAGGAUGGCUGUUUAGCCGUGUACUCUGAGCACAUUUGGUGACAACCUGAAACUAAGAUAAAGAGGAAGAGUCAGCGAGCAGCGGAAGACGCUCACUCUGAGGAAGGAAGAGACUGUUUACAGAAAAUAAAACAACAUGGUGUUAUCCAUCACAGGAAGCAACAUUGUACUGUUUUUAUCUAUAGAUUUUAACCAAUUUUAAUGUUAUUUCUAAUAUUAUUUUAUUUCCACUGUUAUUUUAUUCAGUACCAUGUAGCAUUAUGACCUUCUCUCUCCACAUAAGAGGACAGUUUAGUCAGGAAACUGGGCUGACACCUCGCCCUUAAGGUCCAGUCUAAUUUUAUACGCAUGAGGGAAUGUGGUUGAUUGCUUUUUAAGAGAAGAAGAAAACCCUUACCUUACUGUGAUUGGUGGAUUGGAACCACGAUUAUGAACUUAAAUGGGAGAUGGUCCAGUUUUGCUGUGAUGAACUGGUUCAGAAGGACUGAAUAUGACUUGAGAUGUGGUGUUUUCUUAGCAUUUCUACUUGUUUGCACCACCUGCUUUAAAUUAUCUUCCUUUUUAGGUGAUAAAGUUUGAUUAAUGAUUGUUAUGAAUGACAGAUGUAGACUUAAAACGACAUGCUGCUCACCGUUUAAAAGAAAAAGGCACAUCAGUAGAGAGCAUCUGUCGAUUCUCAAGCAUCUGCCAUAUAUAAGAAACAUGGAAACAAAGCCUCUUGAUGUCAUUAAGAACAUUACAUGCAAACCAGUUUUGCUGUGAAAAGCAAUGACAGAGUGAUGUUGUCCAUGUAAAAUCAAUUUGCAGGAUAAUUGCCUCCCACCUGCCAGAUUUGAUAUGAUCAGUGAAGGAAAGAGAUCGCUGGUGCUCAUCCAGCUCCAUCCCAGUUGAUUCGGGAGCGACGCUGCCUAAAAUCGACACUAUACGUCAUCUCCACUGCCAUGCAGAUGAACACUGCCUGUAUUUAACGCUGUAUUUAAACAUCCUUCCAGCAUAUGAACUGUGUCUUUGUUUUGUUUUUUUACAAGCACUAAUUCUGUAUACGUUAACACCCAGUGCCAAAACCUGAGGUAAACCAGGGGGUGACUGAGCAUACUGAACGGUGGCACAGUUAAGAUGAAGCUCUGGAUUUUUCACAUUGGUCAUGAAUGUAUGCUGCUGGGCUGUCAGGGAUGCAGCUUGUUGGGGAAACCAUUCCUUAUCUGAACAUAACCUUACUGCAGAGCUACAGCUGUGUGUUUCUGCACCUUUGUCUUGACGAGUUCAAUUCAUGAAUCCAUGAGCCUUUCUAGGUCUGUUUUGUUCUCAUCAUGUCAGAGGCACCCCAAUAUGUACUAGAAACCAUCCUCCCUGAUUUUCAGUGGCAGAUUAUUAGUUUGAUCAUCCGAACUGUACAGCUGCACUUUAGCACUGCGUGUGACGGCACAUAGGUCCAGCUGAAGUUAAGCGAUGCUUUGAUAGAGACUUAAAGCUGACUCAGGUCAGGUUCGUGGUCACCUUUGUUAAAAAUGACUUGUGUGUGACUGUGUCUAAAUCAAAGUAAAACUUGACUCCCCUCAAGAUAAACAGAUUUAAAAAUUAUAUUUUUUCAUCUGUUUCUAUUUUGCGAUGAGAAGACCAUUGGGUGAGCUGAACAUUAACCUUGCAUGACUUUCUCUGUAACACCUAUUGUGUAGGGUUUUGUGCUAAACCACUUCAGUGCCUUCUGAUGUCCUUUUCUAAGUGUGAAAUAAAUAAAGUGCAUU